AACUACAGACCGAUAUCAAAUCUAUCUACCAUUUCCAAAAUUAUUGAACGGGCAGCAUUAAAAAGGUUACAGCCAUACAUUUCUCAACAUCCAAAUUUCGCACUUUUCCAGUCAGCUUACCGUGAAGGUCACUCAACAGUAAACAAGUAA